UAUCUAUUAUCGGAUAGAUAUCACCCAAAAAGAUCUGGUGAUCGCGAGAACUGCAGACGCAGUGGCCAGUUCCCAGUUGCUGUCGCUAGCUAGAGUAUUACCGUAAUACCAUGCAGGGGUUGGUCGACAGGGCCACUGAAGAAAUCGUGCAAGAUGGGAUGCGAAUGGGAUUCGAGGAACAAGCGAAGCUCUCGCAGAUGUCCCUCCCACAAGUCAAGGCCCAUUUUCGGCAAGGACUACAAGACCAUGGUACAGAUGUGAAUCUGAAUGAUUCGCAGCCUCAAGGAGAUGGAGAUCAAUCUCGCGUGACGGCUGAGAAUGCUCAGUUCUACCGUGACAUGUUCGCCACCGGCGCGGAUAUUAAUCAUUAUUCGGAUAUUGGGAUGUUGCCAUUUAGCGAAUUUGCCAAGCAAUGCCUGUCUGGCGAUGUGAAAGCAGUCCGAGCGGCUUUGGAAAGAGCCAAGAACACGAACCAGCCAACGCCGCCUGCAGGAUCUGCUGUUAGUGAUUCCCUGACUCGGUUAAUGGAAUCGCGAGAGACGUCGCUGCGAUUGACUCCGCUGUUGAUGAUGGUGUCGAUUGGAAAGAACAUGGCAAUGCGAGGAGUAAGCGAAAAGCAAAUGAGUGUCGUUAAGCUGCUGUUGGAAUAUGGAGCACGGCCAGAUGCCAGAGAUGUUUGUGGCAAAACUGUGUGCCACUACGGAGCAGGAGCCAUGGCUACCCCCAUGACACUGGAAGCGGUGAGACUAUGCAUCAAAGCUCAUGAAUCUGGUCACUUCUUUGGAAAACAAGUGGAGCUACACAGUCUCAAUUCUGCUGCCAGGAAUGGCGAUCAGGGUUGGUGUCUAGGUUACCAGUCAGACACGGGAAGGAGAGCUGUGUAUCUCGCAGAAACACGAGAAACGUUGGCAGUCAAACCAGAAAACCUAAAGUUGGUUGAUGCAUUGGAGCAGCAAAAUCCCACCAAACUCUGUGAUAUCCCAGAUCGCAUGGGUAUUGUCUGUCUUCAAGAGAUUAUUAUUUGCAACCGUGAGGACUGUGCCAGGUUUCUCUUGGAAGAGAAUCAUGCUGAUCUGGAUGUGGAAGACUGCGAUGGCACGAGUCCUAGGUCCAUGUGCGUACAGACACCAUUGGGGGGCUUCAGCAGGGUCGCCAUGAUGGUCAAAAACGAAGCCGCUUUACAAGGGCGGAAGCGGGACAAGAAUUUUGAAUUCAGUUGCAGUAAGUGCGGUGUUUUGAAGUCCGACACGGCCCAUCUGAUGGCUUGUGCAAUCUGCAAGUGUGUCCAUUACUGCAGCAAGAAGUGCCAAGUAAAGCAUUGGAAGGAAGGGCAUAAGAUAGUUUGCAAAGAUAUGGCAGCCAAGAAAGCUUUGGCCAUUGUGUUGGAGAGGCCAACAGGCACUCAAUACACGUCAACAAUAAACUUUUCUUCGAUCCGCAGCGGUAGAGGAAACAUUCCCAGCCAUAGGGAGGGCUCUGGCUAUCGAAAACCCGUCAAUGUCCGGGUCAACGAAAAGUUUGAUAUCAAAGUGCAAGCAAUCUCACACAGAGUUCCUCUCGCGAUCUAUGACAAAUCCAGACACUGUAAUUUCGAAGUUGCACCUGGGAGUCCUGGUUUUGAUGAACUGCUGCAAGCAGCCCAGGCAGAACCGACUUGGCAGGGCAGGAAGACUUUUGUGACAGCAAGUUUUGAUGCUGAAGGCAACUGUAUCGUGUAUCCUGGGUUAACCAGUGUUAAAAAAUGGUAGAGGGAAAAGUAGUACAUGUACCUUUC